AUGAGACUCAUCCAAUUCGUUAUUGCUGCCCUUCCCGGUGCCAGCGCUGCCAUUGCAAGAGGCUUGACCGAUGUAUCAAAGGACAAUUGCGCUCGCGCCAUCACUGGAACUGCUCGACCAUCUCUGAUCGCCCGUUUGAAUGAAUGCGCCAUGUAUCAGGACGCCACCUUGUACCCUACCGCCACCACCAAGACUGUCUACGGUGCUACAGCAGACACCACUGUGUUCCCUGAUGGACCUACCGCCACGGUUGUGCACAACACGGUGGUGCCUUCCUAUGCAUCCAAGCCUUGCGGCACUACCGAACAUGUAGUUGCCUCUCGCUACGCUUCUGCAUGCUCAUGCGCCGGCUACACCAAGACCACCGUCACGGCUCCCACCUCGACUGUCACUGUCUCCACCACUGCCUCUUCCGCUGGCUCAGCGCCCACCUGUCGCGGCAUCACUGUGGAUUGUGCUAAUGGCCGUGGCCUCUGCCAGUACAGCGUCGUUGACAACGAACCCACCUAUGAUUUGGUUUGCGCGUUCUUGAGCAGCUGCAACUAUGAAGCUCAGUGCGAGAACGAUUCUGAUUGUGGUGCUGGAGAGGCUUGUGUCAAUGCUGGUUUCCUCUGUAGCAUCAACAACUGCGCGGCAUUGCAGAACUGA